AUAUAAAAAAAAUUUCGUUUCGUGUGCUAAGAAUGGAUACUCAAGCUUCUGACCAAAGUACAGGUUCAGUUUUUACAGUACCGUCAUCAGCCGCUGAAACUCCGGCAAUAAUAUAUACUGAGGUUUCUGACCAAAGUACAGGUUCAGUUUUUACAGUACCGUCAUCAGCCGCUGAAACUCCGGCAAUAAUGUAUACUGAAGUUUCUGACCAAAGUACAGGUUCAGUUUUUACAGUACCGUCAUCAGCCGCUGAAACUCCGGCAAUAAUGUAUACUGAGGUUUCUGACCAAAGUGCAGGUUCAGUUUUUACAGUACCGUCAUCAGCCGCUGAAACUUCGGCAAUAAUGUAUACUGAGGUUUCUAACCAAAGUACAGGUUCAGUUUUUACAGUACCGUCAUCAGCCGCUGAAACUCCGGCAAUAAUGUAUACUGAGGUUUCUGACCAAAGUGCAGGUUCAGUUUUUACAGUACCGUCAUCAGCCGCUGAAACUUCGGCAAUAAUGUAUACUGAGGUUUCUGACCAAAGUACAGGUUCAGUUUUUGCAGUACCGUCAUCAGCCGCUGAAACUCCGGCAACAAUGUAUACUGAGGUUUCUGACCAAAGUGCAGGUUCAGUUUUUACAGUACCGUCAUCAGCCGCUGAAACUCCGGCAAUAAUGUAUACUGAGGUUUCUAACCAAAGUACAGGUUCAGUUUUUGCAGUACCGUCAUCAGCCGCUGAAACUCCGGCAAUAAUGUAUACUGAGGUUUCUGACCAAAGUACAGGUUCAGUUUUUGCAGUACCGUCAUCAGCCGCUGAAACUCCGGCAACAAUGUAUACUGAGGUUUCUAACCAAAGUACAGGUUCAGUUUUUGCAGUACCGUCAUCAGCCGCUGAAACUCCGGCAAUAAUGUAUACUGAGGUUUCUAACCAAAGUGCAGGUUCAGUUUUUACAGUACCGUCAUCAGCCGCUGAAACUUCGGCAAUAAUGUAUACUGAGGUUUCUAACCAAAGUGCAGGUUCAGUUUUUACAGUACCGUCAUCAGCCGCUGAAACUUCGGCAAUGUAA